UCUAGACAAUUAUUCACAAUGGAUGGCGCUCUUCAGGAUGCCAUCAGAAAUGGUAAAAAGCUAAAAAGUGAGUGCAACAAAGGCAACAACGACAAAUCCCCCCCUCUUUGAUGGACCACUGCUCUGUAAAUGCAUGCUAACGAUCACUACUUCCUCCCCUCCUUCCAGAGGCACAAACGAAUGAUAGAUCCGCACCUACCGUUGCUGGAAAUGCAUCAAGUAGUAGUGCAGCUCCAAGCAUUGGAAGGGCACCACCGGUACCAGGAGGUGGAGGAGCACCUGCGCCACCUGCUGCUGCUGCAGGCCCUCCAGGAUUAGGUGGUUUAUUUGCAGGUGGCAUGCCAAAGUUACGACCUAGUGGUGGAUCAGGAGCACCUCCUCCGACCGUUCCUUCUGCUCGUAAGUACAAAUUGGCAAGGUUGCUAAAAAAUCUAUUCGAUAGGCUAACGAUUUGUAUCUCCCCCACUCAGCAAAAGCACCACCUCCUCGUGCAGCUCCAGCAGCUCCGAGAGCUCCUCCGCCAAGACCAAGUGCAUCAGCGUCUUCAGCACCACCUAGACCACCUCCACCGCCGCCAUCAUCUGGAUCAGCGCCAACAUUGCCAGGAAGAUCGGCUCCUCCUGCUCCUCGAGCCGCUCCACCACCACCUCGCGCUGCUCCUGUUCCACCAAGAGCUCCGCCCAGUCUACCGAAUCGAAUUGUUCCCGCUGCUCCUCCUCCUCCUCCACCUGCAGCACCUUCUCGAGUACCAGCAGGAGCUCCACCGCCACCGCCAGCGCCUCCAGUCGCACCUCCUCGUCCUUCAGCUGCGGCUCCACCUCCUCCACCUGUUGCACCUCCAGCCCCAUCUCGUCCAUCACCAGCUUCGGAAUCUGCAUCGAUAUCUUCUCCUUCUAGAUCGGUACCUCCACCACCGCCAUCUAGAGCAGCUGCGCCACCACCACCUGCACCUCCAAGCCGACCUGCAGCACAAGCACCUCCAGCUCCAUCUCGAGCAGCUGCGCCUCCUCCACCUCCAUCGAGCAGACCAGCAGCUCAAACGCCAGCUUCACCUCCUCCUGCACCUCCAGGAAGGGCUCCUGCUGCGCCAAGCAGAGUAGCACCGCCAUCUGCUCCUCCACCACCUCCAGCAGCGCCUUCUCCAGCUGCAAGAAGUGUAUCGGCAGCUUUGCCUCCUCCUAUAUCCCGAGCAGCGCCUCGAGUUGCAAGUGGACCUCCAUCUUCUCCGAUAGUGA